AUGAAUCGCUCGAAUUAUAAUCAGAACUACAAAUUGGUAGUAGUCGGAGGUGGUGGUGUUGGGAAGUCUGCGAUCACUAUACAAUUCAUACAGAAAUAUUUUGUGACAGACUAUGAUCCAACAAUUGAAGAUUCAUACACAAAACAAUGCGUAGUUGAUGAUGUUCCAGCAAAAUUAGAUAUUUUGGAUACUGCUGGACAAGAAGAAUUUAGUGCCAUGAGAGAACAAUAUAUGAGAUCUGGUGAAGGGUUUUUGUUAGUAUUUUCUGUAGCUGAUAAAACUAGUUUCAAUGAGAUGGAAAAAUUUCACAGACAAAUACUUCGAGUUAAGGAUAGGGACGAAUUUCCUAUGUUGAUGGUUGGAAAUAAGGCAGAUUUAAGUAGUCAAAGAAUGGUUUCUAUACAAGAUGCACAAAGUAUGGCCAUGCAACUGAAGAUACCUUACAUAGAAUGUAGUGCAAAAGCAGGGAUGAACAUCGAUCAAUCAUUCCAUGAACUUGUUCGAAUUGUAAGAAGGUUUCAAUUAUCUGAAAGACCACCAAUAAAAUCUACGCCACAGAAAAGUUCAAAAAAAUGUUCCAUACUUUAG